AUGGUUGACAUUCUACGCCGCCACGACCUUCCCUGGCGCAUGCGCAUUUGGCUCAUCUUCUACAGAUACUGGUACCGCUUCCGCCGCCGUCUGGAAACACCCCUGAAACUGCGAUACAGCCUAGGGCGACUCAGACAUAAUCACCCUCGAUCUUGGCUGGCCCUUCUGCGCCUCUUCAUCCCCUACCCAACAUGGAAGUUUCCUGUUCCAGAACCUCUCUCUCCACAGGAGCUGGUGGGGAAUGAACAACUGAUGCUCCGCCGUCGCCAUGAUCUCAGAAAUUUGACGGCCAUCCCUCUCUGGCGGUUUCGUGACACUCCACUGCAGUCUCUUUAUCGCCUCUAUGAGUCCAUGUUGUCGGGCGAGUACAGCCCAAUGGGGGAGGAGACAGAAUAUUUUUGGUAUCAACCCCGGUGGGCACUAGAUGGUAUUCCCGAUCCAGCAGACCCAGACCCCGUCCGGUAUGCCAUUAUUGCGUGUCUUGUUGAAGAGCUGGUUACGGCAUUCAACUGGCGCCUAGGUCUGGGCAUGCGACGUAAUCGCAAACAUAUCCUUCGCGAACGAAACGAAGACCCAUAUCCUCCGUAUGAGCCUGUGAAAGGGCCUGCAUGGACAAGAGAUGUCCCACCAAUUCCACGUGAGAGCCUUGCGUGUCUGCCACCAGAGUUUGUACGAAAUGAGUUCCAACUUGUCCUGGAAGAGAAGGGCAUCACUGCCUACUAUCCAUGUGUAUACACAGAAAUUGAAGACCGGAUAUUAUCCGCUACCUGUCUGCUCGCCAUCAGUGCAUACACCAGGCAAGAACACCCUGGUUGUACCCCCGUCUGCCCUGCGAGAAGCCUCCAAACCCCGCGGAGCUGCCCUGGAUCUCGCCGACACAUCUCUCGAGCCUCGGCAUAUCAGCAUGGUCCAUCUGAGAUGUCAGAGCCAAAGCAAUACCUCGAGAAGGGGGACUUUGACAAUGAACUGGCAAAGCAUGAUAUGAUCGUCGCCUUUUCUCCCAUAACCGUGAUCACAGCUGGCGGAAACGCCACCGGUGACCUCGACUACCUUCUUGCUCCUGAAUGGGCAGCAGAUCCAGAUAUCAAAAAUUCACUGCGCGACGCGAUAAUCAAGGCAGAGAAGCAAGACAUUGUCCUUUUCUUGGGGCGGCAUAUUCGUGUCCUGGCCGCACCAAUCGAGUGGGCAGUGGAACGCAAGAUAAGGAGGUUGUUUGAGGGAACCCGUGACCGUAAGGCAGUGUUUGACCUCAGCGAUUGCCUGGCAAUGCUGAAGUGGUUAAGGGACCGAAACGAUGGUCCUCUGGAUCGCGAGCGCAUCCGUGGCUUGGAUGUCAACUGUUUUGGUGUCGGUCCUGAUAAAGCAACUAUGGACACAAUUGCCACCGCCUAUUGCGAGAAGUAUGGGGAGAGGAUAUUCUUCUGA